UUCAAUUUUCAUAACCGUAAACUGUUGUCAUCUCUAAUAAGAAAUAACUAACACACCAUUCUCUCUCUCUCUAGACUCUACCUAUCCACCUUGGCCGCAGAAACAAACCCCCAAAGUUCCCAAGUUUUUCUUUGUCAAUUUCUUUCCUCAUCGGCAUUCACAAGGCCUUAAAUCUGGUGAUAAUGUCUUUCCACUGAAUCCCAUAAAAACCCACUUGUCCUUCACAUUCUCAUCACUCUUUAAACUACUUUCUCUCUUUCCAACUCUCUAAAAAUGCUUCAAACCAGUCUAUGAAAGAUCAAACUUCUUUCUUCAUUUCUUUCCCCUUUGUUGUUCUGUGUGUAUAGAUGGAACAAGAGGCGACCAAGAAGAAUGGGAAUAUUGAGAAUGAGCCAGUGAGAUUGAGAUGUUCGGUUCAGUAUAGUGAUUGGGGCAAAAUUGGAAAAGAUUCCAAGGUUGCGAGGCUGUUUUCGCUGAAUUCUGGGUUGGAAAUUGAACCCAGUAGGCAUUCUGCAGAGCUUUGGAUGGGAACCCAUGAGUCAGGGCCUUCGUAUGUGGUGGAAAACGGCCAAAUUGGUGGUGGGUCUUCUGGGUUUGACUCGGCAAGUCUGAAGACUCUGAAGUCGUGGAUUUCGGAAAACCCUAGUGUUCUUGGUUCUAAGGUUGUGGAGAAGUGGGGAACCGAUCUUCCAUUCUUGUUCAAGGUGCUCUCAGUUGCAAAAGCAUUAUCUAUACAGGCGCAUCCAGACAAGGAAUUAGCAAGCGCUCUGCAUAAAGCGAAACCAAAGCUCUACAGAGAUGAUAACCACAAGCCUGAGAUGGCUUUGGCUCUUACAGAAUUUGAGGCCUUGUGUGGAUUUGUCAGUAUUGAGGAGCUUAAAGAUUUGCUUCAUGAUGUUCCUGAGAUUAUAGAUCUGGUUGGUAAUGCUGAAGCCAAUGAAGUUCUACUUAUUAAUGAGCAAUAUGAUGAGAACAGAGUAAAAGCCAUUCUGCAGUCAAUCUUCACCCAGUUGAUGACAGCAAGUGAGAAUGCAAUCACAGAAGCAGUAUCCAAGAUGAAACAACGUCUGAACAUGGACACUAAGGUGAGAUGUUUGACGGACAAGGAACAGCUGGUAUUAAGGCUAGAGAAGCAAUAUCCCGCUGAUAUUGGUGUUAUGUCUGCCUUAUUUCUCAACUACGUGAAGCUUAAUCCUGGUGAAGCCCUGUAUCUAGGUGCCAACGAACCCCAUGCAUAUAUAUCUGGUGAAUGCAUUGAAUGCAUGGCAACCUCAGAUAAUGUUGUGCGUGCUGGCCUCACCCCAAAGUACCGAGAUGUCCAAAUUCUGUGUUCCAUGCUUACAUACAAACAGGGCUUUCCUGAAAUUCUCCAGGGUGUUCUCUUGAAUCCAUAUACAAAGAGGUACCUCCCACCCUUUGACGAGUUCGAAGUUGAUCAUUGCAUUCUUCCCCAAGGAACAUCGGCAAUACUUCCUGUAGUCCAAGGACCAUCCAUUUUCCUUGUUACAGCGGGGGAUGGGACAAUGCAAACGAGGACGGGCUUAUCUGGAGAAAUGAUAUCAGAAGGUUCUGUUCUUUUUGUGCCUUCCAACACUGAGAUUACAGUAACCACCAGAGAAGGAAUGCAACUUUUUAGGGCUGGGGUGAAUAGCAAGUUUCUUUCAGAGAAUGAAGCGGAAGAAGUACCAUUUGUUACUUUAUAAGUUCUAGCCAGAUUUACAUGCUUUAUAUGUAUACUUUUCAUUUUUUUUUUUUCUUUAAUAAUUGUAUGAGCUAAGAUGGUGCUCCCUCAUGUGAACGCUGGAAGUAUAUAUAAUAGUGAUAAUAUAGUGAAAGAAAGAUUAAAAAUUAUAAUGAAA